AUGCAGGACCGCAUAGCUCGUCUGGAGCAGGCCCUUGAGAAACUGUCCGCUUCGCCGUCGCCGCGCUGCUCCUUUGACUUCAACGGCAACAAUCGGGACGACAACAGCGCUUCCGUCGCGCCGCUGGCCGCCACCCAAAAGACAUGGACAGAGUCGACAGGCUUCGUCGAGCGCGACCCGUCCUUUGAGCGCCAGUCAUACCUUGCCAGCCAGAUUGCCGAGCUCGCUCACCCGGCCAGCUCAGAAUCCCGCGAGGUUGCCGACCAGCUCAAAACCCUGAGCGCCGUAAGCAGUGUGCCAGCGUCUUCCAACACUAGUCGAAACGCGGCUCAAGCAGCGUCCAACUCGAAUCACAUCUUGAAACGGGAGCAGGUCUCUUCUAGCUUUGUCCUUAAGAUUAUACGCUACCUCGAAAGCAGAGUGAAGAAUGGGACCAAGCCUUUGCUGCUUAUUGUUCAUCCGAUACCAAACCUGGACGUGCUCAAAAACCUGUGCCAGCACAUUUACUUUCCUCUGGAUCCUGUGACAGCAGGCGAGCUGACAUUGUUCAACGCCCUGCUGUACUUUGCCAUCUGGGAGGUACAGUCCCGCGGUGAUAGCGAUAUUGACCCCGAUGAGCUGGCCAAGUAUCGGCGGAUAACCGAUGCCAACUUCAACGGGGGUGUCGAGGACGCUGAGAUUAUUGCCAUUGCCAACUACGAGAAUGCGUUGACGCUGUGUCUCGCUGCCUACUAUGCUCACACGCUCGGCGAUAUUGUACGCCACCAAGCCGUGGUGUCGGCCGCCGCCCGGCACUGCCUGCAGCUGGGCUAUCACAGAAACGACAAGGGCCAGCUCCCGCCCGAGGAGUCGCACAAGCGACGGCUCCUCUUCUGGCACAUCUACAUCUCGGAGCUGGGCCUCACUUUGCGCCUCGGUCGGGCCGCUGUCGUCCAAGACUUUGACGUGGACGUGCCGCAGCUCAAUAUAUCCGAGGAUCCGCGCCAGGCCGUCUGGGACGAAUCCCUGCGAUCCUUUACCCGCUUCUCACGCAUCCAGAGCAAAAUCUAUCGCAAAAUCUACUCGCCGGGCGCUAUUGCCACUCUCGCUGUGGAGCCCUCGAAGCGGCAAGCCCGCGUCGCCAAGUUUGCUGGCGAGCUCAACGAAUGGUACAUGGAGUGGAAGCAGGUCAACAGCGCCGAUGCUUACUAUCCCAUGGUGCACCAGCAUACGUUUAUGGCUGUCGAGGUCAUCUACUACUCGGUGCUGACUCUGCUCCAUCGUGGCAGCACAAACUCUAACUCGCCCUCGGACAUAUCACCCGAGUGUUUCGCGGCGGCCCGACAGGGUCUCGAGUCGCAUCUGCGCAUCUUUCCCGCCGUGCUUGCACAUGGACCUGGCACUGUAUCAUAUUACGGCGUUUGGAUCUUCAUGUAUUCCUCCUUUACGCCAUACGUUGUCACUUUUCUCCACAGCAUCGCCAACACGGACACCAACGACUUGCAAUUGCUGAAAAAGGUGCUCGACACGCUCGACGAUAUUGGCGCCGGAUAUGAGCUCGUUCAUCGCCAAAAGACGCUAUGCGCCGCUCUAUACCGCAUCGCCAAUGCUUUCAUCGACUCGCGCCAACGUCUGCAGAACGGCCGAGGCCAGAAUGGCGACGCGCAGAGCGCCAUAGAUCACCAGGCGUUUGUGACGACUGCUGAGCAGACUCUCAAUCUACCGUUGCAAGCUGACACGAUUCAAGAUUGGGGCAACUUUGAUACGAUUGUGGAGGACUGGGAGUCCCAAUACUUUAAUCAGCAGUCGCUCAUGUUGGGCAAUUCGCUGGAUCAAUAG